UCGGUGUGAAGUAUUUUUUAGUGGAAUUUGUAUGAAUUAAUCCUAGCUGCUGUGAUCAUAUAUUAAGCUGGUCGUUAGACCAUUAAUGGAAAUUUCCUAGAAUGUUAUUUAAUCAGACCAAGUUCUAUAUUUUAUAAGGCCGCUUUGAACUGUUCAAUGAAAAAAGGUUAUUGUAACUUGGUUUCCUAUUUUCAGUAUGCAAAUUUUUAAAUUGAAAUUUGCACUAAAGUAGAUAAUAAUUAAGAUAUUGAUUAAAAUGUCAAAUGUUGUUGAUAUAAUUGAACAGUCUUCUGCUAGUAAAUUACCCAUAUGGUUGGAAGAAUUGACCAGAAGCUUGGCCAAGCCGAGGCCACAGUCAUGGCGUCCAGGAAUACCCAGUGACCGUGUUGAUGUGACUGAACGAAGGGCAAUCACCACGCCAGGGCGCAUUGACACUUCACCCAUCAAGAAGUCACUACUGGGCCUGCAGUUAGAUGAUAACAUCCCACCACGGAGAGAAGGCUCCGCUCGAUAUGGGAGAAGAGCUGUGUCUACGACUCCAGUUGUAUCCCCAAGAAGUGAGGCCUGUGGAAUCCCUUUGGAUGACCACAACCAGGUGACAACCAGGACUGAACCCAACCAGAGCAAUCAGAUCAGCCUUGAAGAAUCAUGGAGCUCUUUGAAUCUGUUCAACCGGAGGCACAGAGGACGGAUUUCACAAAGAAAUGAAAUUCCAGAAGACUUUCUGCUGGGCUCGGGCGACAAUCUGGAGUCUCCCAUUGUAGAGAGUUCCCGUCUUCCCCAUAAGAGCUGGCUGGAGACCUCCAACACUUCCAGUCAGACAAAGGCACCUCCAGUGGAUUUUGUGAUCCCAGAGUUGCCUAGUGGUAGUAGACUGGAGUUAGACAUCACUUCCACCUGGGGGGAUAGACACUACAUGGGACUCAACGGUGUUGAGGUGUUCACCAUCAGUGGACGGCUGGCCAAGGUGGCUCAGAUAACAGCAGAACCAGCUGAUAUAAAUGUGCUACCAGAGUACAACAAAGACCCACGGGUGGUGACGAACCUCUUGGACAAAGUCAAUAGAACCAGAGAUGACAUGCAUCUAUGGCUAACACCGUUCACGGAGGGCAAACACCACCGAAUCAGCAUUACCUUCCAACAGCGAGAGACUUUAGCUAUGAUACGGAUCUGGAACUACAAUAAGUCAAGGAUACACUCCUAUAGAGGAGCCAAGGAUAUGAGGAUAACGUUGGACGAACAGCUGAUUUUUCAAGGUGAAAUUGCUCGUGCUUGUGGAGGAAUUCUUGGUAGUACAGAUGCCUUUGGAGAUACAAUACUAUUUACGACAGAUGAAGAAAUCUUGGAGAGAGUUUCACGGCACGAUGAUGCUUUUGAUAGUGUGCUCAACGAUGCCUGUCAUCAGCCUCUCCUGCAGAGUUUGCCAGAGAGGCCCCUGACAGCCAGUCUAGGGGAUGUAAGACCACUAACGUGUGCACCAGCUGGUACAAAAAUGACUACAGGUGCCGUAUUGUGCCGGAAAUCUCUUACCCUAACCCUUCUAGAAAAUUGGGGUCACAGUCAACUUAUUGGCCUCACUGGGAUCCAGGUGUUAGGCGAGACAGGUGACCAAGUUAAUGUUUGCCAAAUUUCAUGUUCACAUGCUCCUUCCAACUCUGAUAUCUACAGGUUGUUGGAUGAUGAGAAUGAAACAACAGACCCGAAUCACAUGUGGAGUUGUCCUAUCCACUCACCGCCACCUUGCCUCCGCCUCCACCUCCCUUCCCCCCUCCAUAUCUCUGCCGUUGUAAUAUGGAACUACAACCAAUCCCCAGAGACCUCUUUCUGUGGGGUAAAGAAACUACUGCUACGCCUUGACAACUCUGAGCCAACUGUUCACAUGCUGCGCAAAGCUCCAGGAACUUGUCACCAUCGCUUGGCCCAAGUGCUGCCUCUAGUGGCAGUAAUCAGCGAUUCUCCCUUUACCAAUGAUGACUUUGUCCUCUCUCCCAGAGGAAUGACACUGGACUAUGAGCCUCCAGAACUACCUCAAGGCUUUGUAUUCGAACUGGUGCUGCUCUCUAGCUGUGGAGAUUUGUACUACAUUGGUCUCAAUGGUCUGCAGCUGUACAAUGCUUCUGGAAGUCCCAUCACACUAUCUGCUUCCAAUGUAUGCGCGCAUCCACCAAGUGUCAGUGUCUUGGAAGGAAUGGAACAUGAUGUCAGAACUCCAGAGAAACUUAUUGAUGGUAUCAACAAUUCUCCAGAUGGGUCCCACUCUUGGCUUGCUCCAAUCCUUCCAGGAGAGCGAAAUAGAAUCUACAUUGUUUUUGACACACCAACUGCAGUGUCCGUCAUCAAACUGUGGAACUACACAAAAACUCCUUCCAGGGGGGUGAAGGAAUUUGGGAUUCUAGUAGACGAUCUUCUUAUUUACAAUGGUGUUUUUGAUUCCGUUAACGAUCACCAGAGCGCUCCAGUGCACACCAUUAGCUUUACAAAUCACCACACAAGUUUCAGCUAUGACUUGAGAGAUAAAGAAUCCAGUCUGGCGAACGGAACAAGGAUGUUCAGAGAAAUACCGGACCAGUCGCAGCGGCCUUUUACAUCACUUCCUCUCUGACACAGCUACUUCACUUUCUGUAUGACCAAGCUGUAAUUUCACAGCUGCAGAAAUAGAGUGGAAAACUAGAAUUUCUUGUAAUUUAAACUAUCCACAUUAACAACAGUGCAUGAUUCUUUAGUAAUGAUAUGCUACUACUGCCACUAUGCUGUCAAGUUUACUCUGAAAAUUUAUCUGUUUUUAAAUUCAUGCAUUUGGAAUUGUAAUGUGAGGUCAAACAUUUGGUUAUUCGUAUGUUAUCAAUAAUUAGUUAGCAACUAUCAUUAUUUUUGCUAACCAAUGAAACAUAGAUUUCAAAAUCAAAUAUUUUUCUCAUUGUUGAACUUAUAAAAGAAUAUAUUUAUUUUUAUUCAUAAAAAUAUUCACACAAUCAUAAAUGAUUCAUUUAAAUAUUACUUAUAUCUCUGGAAUUAUAUUUUAUCCCUCACAUUGUAUACGUUUUAAAUAUCUUGCUAAUAAAAUGUUGCUUGAUUUAACAUAGACUUAAAUACCAUCCGUAUUUUUUCUCUUAUAGCAUUAUUUUGUUGGGUAAUAGAAUGAGUAUUAUUUUUAAUGUUUUAGAUGAACUUAAUUAAUUUUAAUUUUAUUACUGGUUUUAGUAUAUAUGACUAACGUACGCCUAUGUAACAUAAAGUACAAAUUACACUGUUAAAAUUUUAAAGUAUAUAAAAUAAAAAGAUUUUAUUUUGCUUC